AUGUUGGUCAGAUUAAUUUAUUUAACUGUCGCAGGUAGCCAAAGUCAGCAACAAUUUUCUAUUUGUAAGGUAUUGAAAGUUGAAGUAGCAACAAACAGUGUCGAUCAUCCUGUUGAUACUAAACCACAUUAUAAAUCUUGUGGAGACAAUAAAUUUUGUGUUCCAUUUUAUUUAUGCAAUAAUAAAACUGGUAGCAUUAACACUGAUGGUACAAAUUUAAUUGAUGUAAGAUUUGAUGGGAAUAAACCUUGCUUAGAUUAUUUGGAGCAAUGCUGUUCAAUUGAUGAAGAAAAUGGUGAUACUUUAAAAUUGGAAGAAACAAUUCCAUUUAAACAAGGUUGUGGUUAUAUGAAUACCGAAGGGUUACUAUUCAAAAUAACCGGAAAUAAAAAUGGUGAAACAGAAUAUGCAGAAUUUCCUUGGAUGAUUGCCGUAUUAAAACAAGAAAAAAUUAAUAAUAAAAUUUUGAAUAUUUAUCAAUGUGGUGGAUCAUUAAUACAUCCAUCAGUAAUUCUAACCGCUGCCCAUUGUGUUGUUAGAAAUGAACCAAAAGAUUUACUAACACGUGCAGGAGAAUGGGAUACGCAAACUAAAGAUGAAUUAUUUGAAGAGCAAGAUCGCGAAAUUAAUGAAAUUGUAAUACAUGAACAUUUUUCCAGAGGUGGUUUGCAUAAUAAUAUUGCACUUUUAUUCACAUUAGUUCCAUUCACAUUAAAACCGCAUGUAAAUACGGUAUGUUUGCCAUUGCCACAUAUGAAUUUUGAUUUCAGUAGAUGUUUUGCUACUGGAUGGGGCAAAGAUGCAUUCGGCCAAGAGGGAAAAUAUCAAGUUAUAUUAAAGAAAAUUGAAUUACCAAUUAUUCCGUUUACAACAUGUCAAAGACAAUUGAGAAGAACACGACUAGGUAAAUUCUUUAGACUUCAUGAAUCAUUUUUAUGUGCUGGUGGUGAAUUAGGAAAAGAUACAUGCAGAGGUGAUGGUGGUGGUCCAUUAACUUGUCCCAUUCCUGAUUCGAAAGAUCGAUUUUAUCAAGCUGGCAUCGUUUCAUGGGGAAUUGGUUGCGGAGAUACGAAUCCUGGAGUGUAUGCCAAUGUUGGAUUUUUGCGACUUUGGAUCGACAAAAUUUUUAAUUCUAGAAAUUUGGACAAAGGAUAUUAUAUACCUGAAUUAUAA